AUGAAGGACGUCCUGAGGGAAGAGCAAAUUGGUGAGUUUCUGGAAGCUUUCUGUCUUUUUGACAAAGAUGGAGAUGGCUGCAUAACCAUCGAAGAAUUAGGCACUGCAAUCAGAUCACUAGAUGAAAAUCCUACGGUAGAAGAGUUGCAAAUUAUGAUGAACGAAGGGGAUAUGAACGGCAACGGAACCAUAGAAUUCGGGGAAUUCUUGAAUCUCAUGGCCAGAAAAAUGAAGGAAACCGAAGCAGAAGAGGAAUUGAAGGAAGCUUUCAGGGUAUUUGACAAAGAUCAAGAUGGUUACAUAUCGCUCAGUGAGUUGAGGUCUGUAAUGAGAACUAUUGGAGAGAAGGUGACAGACGAAGAACUGGAGCAGAUGAUCAAAGAGGCUGAUUUGGAUAGUGACGGUCUCGUUGAUUAUGAAGAGUUCGUGAGGAUGAUGUUGGCUGUUUAA